AUGGGAGACAACUACACCGAGUGGGAAUACUUCUCCCAUCCUGAUCCAGAUGAGGAAGACCUCCCAGCUCUGGACGAAAUACAAAUCUUGCGAGAGUUCGCUGAUCGCUAUGGCGCUACUGAUCCCGUGUCUGCAGAUGACACUGCUCGCAAGUUAAUGUCGCUCGUUAACGAGAAACGUGUGGUAGUUGAGCGCCAGAGUAAUCUCGUGGACAAAGGCGAACGCGUUUCCUACUUAUUAUAG